CAGACCUCACAGGUUAAAGCUACGAGGAGGCUGACAGACAUCAGAAAUGGCCGAUCCUUCUGAGAUUAACAUAAGCGCACUGCUGAACGUGCUAGAAACGAGACAUGUGCGGCCUUUUCUCCUCGACCUGGAAGAGAUGGUGCCAAGAAACCAAAGCGAGGUUCAGGAGCCAGGCAGUUACGAGGACUGGAUCUUCAGUCUAGCCAACGCGACGGGCCUCCAGGAUCCUCCAGUGUCGACUCCAGUGACAGACACUGGCAGCACCUCGCAAUUACCAUCCAACUGCGCAGAACUUCCAUCUCUGGACGCUUCCGUUGAAGACUGUGACAGCGCGGCUGCUUCGCCCACUGCGGCGUUGGAGACCGAUACUACCCCGUCGCGUCUGGAUGCGGACAAGUCCUGUUCUUCUUUUUGUACCGCGGAGUGCAAGGAGUUCCACUGUGCCGCCAGGUAUCGACUGCCUUCUCCCAUGCUCUGGUACUACGUCUGGAAACAGCGCCUGUGCGGCGAGGAUGGAUCGACGAUUCCGUCGGACAACGUCAUAAGGUGGCUGCGAGAACGGGUACACUGUCAAGAUCUGGGGCGCAUCGUGGCCGGUGAAGAAGUCGUCUCGUGA